AUGAAGAUUUUAUCUCUUAAUAUGAGCGGGUGGGGGAACACAGCAAAACGUAGGAGAUUGAGUUCUCUUAUUCAAUCAGGUGUGUUUGAAAUGUGUUUAUUGCAAGAAACGAAAAGAAGUGAUUUUGAUGAUUUUAUGAUUCAAAACCUUUGGGGUAAUUAUAAUGUUGACUGGUUAACUAAAGAAUCUACAGGCAAAAGAAAUCUUUGGAGUGAGUUGUUAGAUUUUAAACUGAACAAUGAGAAAGGUGAAUGGGUGUUAGGAGGCGAUUUCAACGCAAUUUUGAAAGUGGAUGAAAGAAAAGGAUGUAACGGAGGAGGUUUACGGAAUGAGAGGGAAGAGUUUGGUUUAUUUGUUGAUCUUGUGGAACUGUCUGAUAUCCCAGUUGUAGGAAAGAAUUUCUCUUGGUUUAGUGCAGAUAGCAAGUCAAUGAGUCGAAUUGAUCAUUUCUUAUUAUCAGAAGGCUUCAUUGAUAAAGGUGGUAUAUCUGGACAAUGGAUUGGAAAUCACGACAUAUCUGAUCAUUGCCCAAUUUGGCUUCUUUGUUCUAAUCUUGAUUGGGGACCGAAACCUUUCAAAUUCAACAAUUGUUGGACUAGACACCUGGAAUUCAAUUCUUUCGUGACAAAUUUGUGGCGCAACUUGAACAUCAAUGGUAAAAAAGCUUUUGUCAUCAAAGAGAAGUUGAAAUUAUUGAAAGAGGGUUUGAAAGUGUAG